AUGGAAGAAUAUGGAAUUCCUGGUUCGAGUUCAUCAACUUCUGCAGGACAUAAUCACUAUGGUUAUGUUAAUAAAAACUCUUCAACUAGUUCAACUUUUAGUAUUAACAAAACGAACACAAAAGUUGAAGAUCAAGCCAUUAUUGAUCGUGCUAAGGAGUUUAUGAAAGACUUUAAAAAUCCAUCAAAUUUAAUUAGUUUUAAGUAUUUAGUUGAAGACCUUGAAGUAGAGCCUUCUGCAUCAUUAUUAGAAUUGUUAGUUGAUGCACUUUUAUUACUUAGUGAUGCUUCUUUAUUUAAAUGCUACACAAGAAAUACUAUUCCACAUUUAGAAUUACAUCUUCGAACUUGGAUUGCCACCUUAGAAGUUGUAUUUUAUUCUCCUACUGUAUUAACUCGUGAAACUCGUGACAAACUCUAUAGUAAUUUAGAUAAGUUUGUUGAAAUUCACUACCGAGUAACAGAAAUGUUUAGCCAAGGCGUUAAUCAUAGCUUUAAUAUGCGUGAUGAUGAAACUCGAUUAGAUGAAUUUUUACGACGAUUUAGAGAAAGUAUUUUGGCUCUUAUUAGUAGUGCUCCUAAAAUACCUUCUGUCACUCCUGGAAAUGUUCCUGCUACACUUGAUUAUACCAAUAGUACUUUGCCAAGAAUUAUCAAUGCUCUCAAUGUUAAAUAUCCUAUUGCUUACUGGUAUCCAGUAUGGCGUGAACUUUUAUUAAUGCAUUAUUCAUUAAAAACUUUGAUUAGAGAUUUAAAUUAUAAUAUUUUACGAUUCUAUAAUGAAACUUAUCUUCUUGAAUCACUUUGGCAACAUGCUUUUAAUCAGGGGUAUGAACAGCAAAAACAUGAUGAUAUUUUAAGUAUCUUGAAUAAUUAUAAAGCAUUUCGUGGAUUGUGGACUAGAAAAGAACCAACUGCUCUACCAAACUCUCUAUGGUUUGGUGUAUUAGAUCUUGCUCAAAAUUUAAGUUAUCAAACUGUUCAACCUGUUAAUUUGGCUCUUUGUUAUUAUUUAGGCUUGGAAUCAUUACAAAAGUCCCAAUGUUAUUAUAUUCAAUUCAAAUCUUUAGAAUUACUUAUAUCCCUUUCUUAUCAGGAGCCGAAGUGGUUUAAAGAUGUAGUAAAAGAAGAAAUAGAGAAAUUUAUCGAAUUACUACCAGUAGAUUCCCAACUAAAAUUUAAAAAUCUAAUUUAUGAUAUAAAUCAAAAACUUCAAUUAAGUAAUGAAUUUAUGAACCAAUUUAGUAUAAAUUAUGAAAAUAAAUCAAUAAUUAAGAACGAUAUACUGGAUAAAACAUCUAAUUCUUUGUUAGAAAUAAUUGCAGAAAAUUUUACCUGUAAGAUUACUAAACAAAUAACUGGAGAUUUUCUUAUUUUAUCAUGCUGUGGACACUCAGUUAGUCGUGAUGCUAUUAAUAAGUGGAAAAAUAUUUCAAUUUUUAAGAAUAAAUUAUUUGAAUGUCCAUUUUGCAGAACUGAAAUUAAGAUGGAAUCAUUCUAUAAUCUUGCACAAAAUACAAUGAUAAAAGGUCUCUACAAAAGGUUAGAGCAAGAAGGAUAUUUAAAUAAUUUAUUAGAAGAACAGCAAAUGCCAAUGGACAAUAUGUAUAUAGCAGAAGAUGAUUUACUUUUAAAAAUGAAUAAAAUGCGUAUAUUUGGAAUUCAUAUGCCACCUAAAUCACCUAUUUCAAUUUUAAAAAAAGUUCGUCCAAAAGUUUUACAUCCAGCAGCAACGAAAGCAACCAAUGCAGAACAACAAAAAGAUUAUGAAACGGCCAUAGUAUGGUUAACUCAACUUUUACAAGAUUAUCCAAAAAGCUAUUCAAUUUUAUGUAGAAGGGCAUUUGCAUCUUUGAAACUUAAAUUAUAUUCCCGAGCUUUAAAAGAUUUAUAA